AUGACCAAAAAGUUCUUUCACGAAUUAGUUAAAGAGAAGGUGCUGUCAUGCUCUGGAGAGUCGAGCAGAAGGAUAUACAAUAGAGUUCAACAGUUUGUGGCCACUUGUGGCUUUUCAUGGCUGCCUUCAUUACAGCUCGCCCUUCUGCUCUACACUCGUUUUGCCUUCGGUGCAGUGUUCAUCAUUACGGCUCUUCCAGCACUUCAUUGGAUGUCUUAUUUAUUUUGUAAUAGAGCAAAAAGUGCAGAUCAAUGCUGUCAACGUAUUCUAUAUAUAUUCAUAUGGUCAAUGAUGAUUGUGAUGACUGGAGUAAUGGUGUAUUUUUACAUUAUGCUCUCGAGAAAUAAAGAAGCUGAUGCAGGACCGGUCUGUGUGGCAGGAUUUGUUCAAGCCUUGUGGGUGCUUGCGUUUUCUGAAGUCCCAGUCUAUUAUCAGAAGCUCCGUAUAAGGAAAAUGUUGUUCCUGUAUGGAUCAGCUGGUCUUGUUUUAGUGAACUCUGCUGCACUGAUGACAGAACUGAUAAUGAAAGCAGUUCAUGGUGUACGUCUGGUGGGAGAUUUGCGAAUCAUUGUCUUUCCGUCUGAGUGGCUCUUUACUGUAGCACUGCUGGUUUUGUCUAUUUUUGCACCAUUGAAAGCUGUCAGCACAGAGUCUCAGACGGCUUCUCAGAUGCCGUCAGAUUAUAAUGGGACUCCUGGUACAAAGUAUACCAGUAUAGAUCUGAACCAGAGGGUAGAAGAAUCCCAUGAAAUGGAAAGUCUGAGAAAAGUAGCUGGGAACAGCGAGGAGCAUCAAGAAGAGGAGAUCAACUAAGGGAACUGCACUUUUUAAAAGAUCUUACUGAACUUUUCUCAUUGGGCAGAGGUUUUCAUGGUAUGAAACAUUUCCUUGUCUGCUUAACUAUUAGCAGCAGAAACUGUUGCACAUUAUCAUGGUUUGGGCUGGAUGUAUUUUUGAUAUCAGCGAUGCUGUGCCAUUGAUAUUAUGGUAUGUUGUUUAUGGUUGACAAACUAUGCUGAAUUCUACUUUGAAGUACUUGAAGUGGCCUAAGAAUUAUUCAAACUUGUAUAUUUGUAUGCAUUAAAAUAUUUUCCAUGUAAAUAUGUAUGUAAAAUUUUUAUGUAAUUUGUAAGAUAUGUACAUAGGUUUCUCGUCUUUGUUCUUAUUAUAGCUGACUUUUCUUUAAAAGUGCUUGGAGCACUUACAACAAUAUUUAUUAAAGCGAUCAGCAUUAUUUUGUGCUGUAGUACCAAAACAGGUAUUGAGGAAUGUUGGAUUUCACCGUAACUGUAUUGUGACCUCUCUAUUUCAAGGGUUAGGUGUAUGUUCCUGGCUAGAGUAAGCUCCAAAGUGGAUCCAGAGUUGAAUGUAUAAUAUCAAUAUGGUCUUCUCUUGUUUCUCUUUCUCACUGAUAUUUUUCUAUGAAACAUUUUCUAAUCUACAUUUUCAUUCUCUGUGAGAUGUUUGUUGAUGCACACUGACUUCUGAGAUGGUGUUACUGUAUAUAUAUAUGACAAGAUGAAUGAUAUUCUGCCUCAUUCUUCUGAUACAUUUGUGGGAGAUAUGAUCUUAAAUGUAGACCUUUUUCCAACUGUAGCAGAAUAUUGUUAUACAUAGAUUUAUUUUAAUAUUUGAUAGUGUGUUUAGUAUUUUUUAUACCAAGUUCAAGCACAUGAUUCCGUGUAGUAUUAAAAUGUUAAAAUAAACAUUUUGUAAUAAAUUACUCUGCCUGUGCUUCCGUGAAUGUGAUUUCCACCCGACUCAUUUUGCUUUUU